CCCAAAUCCCAAAUAAACGUCCAUUUCCACGGAUCGCAAAGUUCAAAACAAAAUCUCAAAUUCCGCUCUGAAAUAUCUGAAAUCCUCCCAAGCUCUCAGUAAAUCUCUCUCACACUCCGAUUUGUCAACCAAUUCGACCUCAUGGGUACCGCUCAGAGCCGCGAGGGCCUCGACGUAUCUGACGCAGACUCAGACCAAUACGCCGAAGAAGAAGAAGAGGAGGAAGAAGAGGAAGAGCAAUACGACGACGCAGAGGAUCAGCCAAAAGCAUUCAAAUCCAAAACCCUAGACGAGGUCGACGCAAAGCUUAAAUCCCUGAAGCUCAAGUACGGUGCUUCUUCAUCUCCUUCUUCUUCUUCUUCAAACAAUCCUAAUUCGAAGAAUUCGGUGAAGCUCUACCUUCACAUCGGCGGCAACACCCCCAAGGCCAAGUGGAUCGUCUCCGACAAGUACACGUCUUAUUCCUUUGUCAGAACCACCAAAUUCGACGGUGGUGAUGAUUACGAUGAGGGAGAUGAGGACGAUGAGCCGGACGGCGGUGCGUGGGUGCUCAAAGUGGGGUCCAAGGUCCGAGCUAGGGUUUUGAGCGAGAUGCAAUUGAAGCUGUUCGGCGAUCAGCGCCGCGUCGAUUUCGUUUCCAACGGCGUGUGGGCCUUGAAGUUCCCCUCCGAAGAGGCGUACCGGAAAUUCCUGAGCGAAUUUCAGGACUGCUUGUUCGAGAAUGUGCACGGGCUUAAGGCCACCGAGGAGAACAAAGUUAAGGUUUACGGGAAAGAGUUUAUCGGGUGGUUAAAGCCAGAGGUCGCCGACGAUUCGAUGUGGGAGGAUGCCACUGACGAUGGCGGCCCCGAGCCGGUGACGCCAGUCCGGCCGAGCAAUGACUUGCUGGAGGAGUUUGAGGAGGCUGCGAAUGGCGGCGUACAGAGCUUGACAUUGGGGGCAUUGGAUAACAGCUUCUUGGUGAACGACAGUGGCGUACAGGUGUACCGGAAUUUCAACCAUGGGAUUCAUGGGAAAGGUGUUUCUGUGAAAUUCGAUGGUGGGGGUUUGAGUUCGGGGCGAUUAUCGACCCCCAAAAAGGCGUUGUUGAUGCGUGCCGAGACGAAUAUGCUCCUUAUGAGUCCAUUGAAGGAAGGGAAGCCUAAUGCCAAUGGGCUUCAACAGCUUGAUAUUGAGACGGGAAAGAUUGUCACGGAGUGGAAGUUUGAGAAGGAUGGGGCUGACAUUACGAUGAGGGAUAUCACGAAUGAUACCAAAGGGUCGCAAUUGGACCCUUCGGAGUCGACGUUUUUGGGAUUGGAUGAUAACAGGUUGUGCCAGUGGGAUAUGCGUGAACGGAGAGGAAUGGUUCAGAACAUUGCAAAUGCGAAUUCUCCGGUUUUGCAUUGGACGCAGGGGCAUCAGUUCUCGAGGGGGACGAAUUUCCAGUGCUUUGCGACGACCGGGGAUGGGUCGAUUGUCGUUGGUUCUCUUGAUGGGAAGAUAAGGCUGUAUUCGAAGACCUCCAUGAGACAGGCCAAGACGGCUUUUCCGGGGCUUGGUUCGCCGAUUACUAAUGUUGAUGUUACUUAUGAUGGGAAGUGGAUUUUGGGCACGGCCGACACGUAUUUGGUCCUUAUCUGCACUAUGUUCACUGACAAAGAUGGGAAGACAAAGACUGGGUUUAGUGGUCGAAUGGGGAACAAGAUUCCUGCUCCGAGGUUGUUGAAGCUGACCCCUCUGGAUUCACAUUUGGCGGGGUCAAAUAAUAAGUUUCACGGUGGCCAUUUCUCAUGGGUCACUGAAAAUGGUAAACAAGAGCGGCACUUGGUGGCAACGGUGGGCAAGUUCAGUGUGAUAUGGGACUUCCAGCAGGUGAAGAACAGUGCUCACGACUGCUACCGGAAUCAGCAAGGCCUUAAAAGCUGUUAUUGUUACAAGAUUUUGUUGAAGGAUGAGUCCAUUGUUGAGAGUCGUUUCAUGCACGACAAAUAUGCUGUUAGUGACUCUCCAGAAGCUCCACUGGUGGUGGCAACCCCAAUGAAAGUUAGCUCUAUCAGUCUCUCCGGCAAGCGACAACGUUGAUGAACAAUCUUUGUUUACAUUAUUGCAAUCUUGUGUAAUGUGUCUUGUCCAAGUUGUGUGCAUUCCAUCUGUAUUUAGAUUUCUUUUCUCUCCUUUACUUUUUUCUCCCCCAUCUUGUAUUAGUUACUUGAAUUCUUUUCACCUGUUUUCAUUCUGUUAUAUUUAUCAAUAGGGUUUUUUAA